UGCUCAAUAUUGCCGCAACGCGACACCCAGUCGAAUGGCCUUCCAGAUCGGUAUAAAAGGGCUGGGCGGCCUCUCUCGAGAGACAGUCUUGAAGAUCCAUUGACAGUAAACCGUCGGGCAAAAGUACAGCAAAGAUGCUUCGGACAGCUGUGUUGGGCGUGGUGGUGGCUUUGGCGUGUUCAGCUGCAGGCGCUCCGGAUUAUGCCGCUCCGCCUUCACCAGGUUACAUCCAAGUAGCACCACUGUCGUCUUCCUAUGGUCCGCCCAAGGAAGAAGUGUGCUAUCCCAAAUACCUCACCAAGACCAUGACGAAAGACGUGCAGAAGACCGAGCCUCACUAUGCCACGGUGACGGUGCCUGUCCUCACCACCCAGUACGCCUACAUCACCGAAACUAUCGUGGCCCCAAAGACCAUCAUCCAGUACUCCACAAUGACGGCCUACGCCGAGCCAAACAUCUACACAGAGACAAAGGUUCUGUACGAUACCAAGAUGGUGACCGUUCCCCAGUACAUGACGGAAUCCGCAUACGGAUACAACACUGCCAAGCAGUACUUCACCGAAACCGAUGCCAUUUACAUCACCAAAACCGAAACCCAGAGUUAUCCCGUGACGAACGUCGUCACCAAGACAGGCUACGAGACCAAGGGAUACUACGUGACGCAGACCAAGGUUCAGCAACAGUACAUCACCAUAACUGUCAAGAAUCCUUAUUACGUCACUCAGUACGAAACAGAAUACAAGCAGGAGUACGUCUAUAACACCAUCACGCAGAACGUCAACGAAUACGUGACGAUGACCGUCUACGCGACAGUUCCGGAAUACCACACCGUCACCAAGUGCUCGUCCACGAUGAUGUACGGAUAUGGAUACUAGAAACUAUUAGCCGUAGAAAAUUGACAGGCUUAGAUAGCCAAUCUGCGUGACCCUCGCCGUCCGUCCUCCCUCAUCGCCGUUGUUUCUGUUCAUCUGGAAGCCACGGCCACGCCCCCAGCCCCGAGCAUCUGCUGUACGCCCGCCGCCCGUGUCCCCUCGAGCUCGACCAUUCCCGCGCAGGUUCUGCAGGCAGUAACCUGUUGGGAGGAGGCAUCGACAACUUAACAUCUUUCUCCUGCGAUGCCUCGGGUUGAGUGAGAGGGGACUUAAUCCCCUUCUUCUUCUUCUUUCCCAUGUGAGAUCGAGGACUGCCCACCCUCGAUCUUACCCCAGGACCAACAACAUCGGUCCACUUUUAAGUGACUUUAUGUCGCCCAUUUUGACAUCACUUGUGUAAAUAUACUUAAGUAAAUCUUUAUUUAUACUAAA